ACCCUCGGAAUGCCUUCUCGACCAAACAUGGCCAGAGUCUACCAAGGUAAGAGAUGAUCCCUCCCAAAUGUUCUCGCUGAAUGAAAAUAGAGGCUGAAGUGUUUACAUUCUCCCGCCCCUCGGAGCUUUUGUGCCUUCUACAUUCCUGCGCCCGCCAUCCCUCGCGCGUUCAUAAGAGUCGAAAAAUAUCCCACCACCAGAAUCAAGAACAAUUCAACUCAACACUGUCCCUACUUUAUUAUUUUGUCUCUUAUCACUCAUUAAGCUAAUCACAUCAUUUUCCUGCUGAGAUCUGAUCUAUAUUCGCCAUGCGGUCUUUACACAUCCUUUCUUGCGCCACUGCGGUCAGCGCGUUCAACCUCUUUGGAGAUCUUUUUCAGCGUCAACAACCAAAUUGUACGGUAUACACGGUGGUCGAAUAUCCAUGUGCUGUUCAAACCUUCCUCCCUUCGAAUACAGUCGUUUGGGUUGAUGCUUGUUCAACCACCUUAAAUAUCACGAAUGCUCCAACAAGCCUGAAGACGACUAUCACAUCAACCACAACCAUAGGUCUUCCUAAAACUUCAACAAGUACUGUGGUGGUGUCUUUAAAAACCACUGCAACUAUAUUUCAUACACUUACACUCCCUGGACCCGCUCAGCCUACAACAACAAGCUCCACGGCGCCAGUGAUUACAGGCACAAACUCAGGUUGCGUUCCUUCUUCAACAUCAUAUCCAAGUGCUCCCAAUAUUCCUGCAAACACUACCUACGUUAUAUCAGUCACCUCACCCGAAAUCAUCGCACAUCUGGGCAACAGUCCUGUCUACCUUACCAGAGAAGGUGGUGUAGUUGACAACACCAAUCUGGCUGUCGAAGUGUUCUUCUACGAUGGUGUCCUCUUUGCUCUAGACACUGCAUUUGGCGUUGGCUGGUACGGAAUGGAGCUAUCCGAGGCCACGAUGCCUUUUGCAUUAGAGCAAUAUUCAUCCAGCUCUCAAUCGAUUGCGAGGACGUUUACAACUGUUGGAUCCUCACCUCCGACAUUGGCAUGGAACAAUUGUCAAUUUCAGAAUGAGAAUGUUACUUGGACUCUCAACGAGAGUGAUGGUGUGGUGUCCGCAUGGUUUAGUGACUCCGACUCCAACUCCUUCGGCCUCAAGCCCAAGUGUACCAACGGGUACGGUUGCAGCUGUCUCGUCUUGCACUCCGCCUUCGACGACUGGAUAUGCUCCUGGCAAUGAUAUCCCUGCGAAUACAACAUAUUUACUACAACUCUAUUGGGAACAGACUCCAGGAUCUCUUGCCCCCUUUGGAGGCAACGUAUAUCUAGAACGAGACGGCUCCUACACAGCAGCGAAUAGUGUAGUUAACGCUAUCGAAGCCUUUUUUGUCGACGGCACACUGGUCGCCCAAGAUCCGAUUUU